AUGAAUCUGCGGCUCUGCGUGCAAGCGCUCCUGCUGCUCUGGCUCUGCCUGAGCGCGGCUUGCGGAGGACCCCUGCUGCAGACUUCUGACGGGAAGGAGAUGGAAGAAGGCACCAUCCGCUACCUGGUGCAGCCCAGGGGGCCAAGGAGCGGCCCAGGGCCCUGGCAGGGAGGUCGGAGGAAGUUCCGGCGCCAGCGGCCACGCCUCUCCCACAAGGGCCCCAUGCCUUUCUGA